CACAUUUCCGGGGAAAUCGAGAAGGAAAUCACCGAUUUGGAGCGGAAGUGUCGUCAGAAUAAAGCGGAAGUGGUGAACAAGGAUGACGCGAAACCGGGAACAAGCGGGUCUAGUGGGUUUCAUGAAAAUGAUGACCACUCGACCACCGAGGACGAGAGAAAGAAGAAGAAGAAUCAGAAACGAAACGAACAAAGACAACACAAAACAGAGAUAGAUAAACGCAAGGGUUACGCCGAAGACGCCUCAAAGGAGAACUACAGCAUGUGGGUACCACCGACCGAUCAAACCGGAGACGGUCGUACCAGUUUGAACGAAAAAUUGGGUUAUUAAUUAAAGAAACAACAAAAUCAAGUUUAUUAAUAUUUUAUUAUUAUUUAAUGUCCACUUAAUUAUAAAGAUUCAAAGCGUUCUAUUCCUAACAGUCUAUUGGAUACAAUAAAUGGUACUUAUUAAAUAUCA